AUGGUUCUCACGGAUUCCUUUCAACCGGCCGAUCGGUCUGGUCCCUUCGUCAAGAUCCCCCCAGAGUUACACCAUUUCAGCGCAACGACGGCUCCGAGUGACAAUGAGACUUCCUCGUCAAAUUCCGGUAGCCCGGCAGAUGGGAGUCUUUACUCCCCUCCUUUGUCAACCGGACGCUGCUCGACCGAUAUAAAGAAUGAGCCUCACCAUCAGUACCACCUCGCUUCGCCACAUCCGCCGCCGUCGCUGCAGAUUCGCACCGAUCUUCCCGGUUCCGCUCAUUCCACCUCGUCCAAAGAGUCCGAUCCCUUUGUGCACCAUAGCGUCUCAUCCGGCAGUCUCCCUCAUAGAACCCCCAGCUUGCGCGGCCUGUUCGCCAGUUCCCUUCCUAGCGGCACUUCCCUGUCGCCAGCCUCCGUUCUGUCGUCGCCGCAGUUGAUGGCUAUGGGUGACAUCACCCCCCUGCCAUCUCCCAUCAGCGGCACCUCGCCAUGGAAACUUCCCCGACGCAAUUCACAAUCGCUUUCGCGGACCCCGUCGUCGGCGUCGAGAACCGGGUCGAGUCGGGGGUUGCGACUGAGUGACUCGUCGCAAAUGCUCGGCGUCUCCGACGCUCGGUCGCGCAGCAAACCAUACGCCCCUCUGGACAAGUCAGGCGGCGAGAAACAGAUCGAUGAGGUUGGUCAGGAUGUCAAGGCUCCGAAGCAUGGGCGGAACCGCAGUUUGAGUGAGUACGUUCCCCCGGGUAAAAGCGUCCCGGUUAAGCCUCGUCCAGUCGUGGUCUCGGGUUCCGGCGCACCCAACGGGAUCUCGUCAUCCUGCAGUACCGACUCCAAGUCGAACGCUCUGCAUCGCGAACAAUACUUGGCUGUGCACCGUGGCAUCGCUCUGCCCGCCGUCCACCCUCCAUCCCCACCGAGGAGUCGGCACGACAUCACAAGCACGCCCGUGAUCACUCACCCGCAGGUGGUUGACGGACCGGACGAAGUCUACUCGGUGCGGUCGAUUCGCACCCAGCAACCGCGACUCUAUCGCAAGAUGCGCCAGCUGGGUCAAGGUACUUUCAGUCAAGUGUGCCUGGCCGUGAGAAUGGAAAUCCCGGAGGGUGGUGAACUGCCGCAGACCGGGUCUAGUCUUACUGGCGUGAACGCGGCGACCCAGAAACUGGUAGCCGUGAAGAUUAUCGACCACGGGCCUGCGGGAGGCGCCGACGAAGAGCGAUUGGAGGUAUCCCUCAAACGGGAAGUCGACAUUCUAAAGUCGAUUAAUCACCCGUCCCUCGUGCAAUUGAAGGCUUUUGGCAGUGACGAAAAGCGCGCGUUGCUGGUUUUGGACUAUUGUCCUGGAGGAGAUCUCUUCGACCUCGCGUCUUCCAGCCCCAAACCCAUCAGCCCGCAGCUGAUCCGGCGCAUGUUCGCUGAGUUGGUCGGCGCCGUGCGCUAUCUGCACGAGAACUACAUUGUCCAUCGGGACAUAAAGCUUGAAAGUAAGUCGCUCCCCUUCUCUUUACCGAUGCGCAGUGUCACUAACUUGGCUGUUUUAGAUGUUCUAGUUAAUCUCCCGAUUUCCGCUAUGGAGAAUAUUACCGACUGGCGCACGUACGAUCGCGCCAUCAUCACCCUUAGCGAUCUAGGUCUCUCCCGACGGAUCCCGCAACCGCCCGAAAAUGCGCUGCUUCAUACCCGCUGCGGAAGCGAGGAUUACGCUGCCCCGGAGAUCCUCAUGGGACAGGCGUACGACGGACGUUCGACCGAUGCCUGGGCCCUCGGUGUGUUGCUCUAUUCCAUGAUGGAGAACCGACUCCCAUUCGACGCAAUUCCAGGCACUCGAGGCGACCCCAACAAACUCCGAGCCCGGACCCCCCACCGAAUCGCGCGACUCGAAUGGUCGUGGUACCGCUACGCCGAUGCCGACGGAGAAUGGGACCCUGAGAAGGGCAAGGAACUCGAGGAUGCUCGCAAAUGUGUCGAGGGUCUUCUCAAGCGCAACACGAAACGCAUCAGCUUGGAUGAGAUCGCGUCGAUGGAAUGGGUGCGCGAUGCGAUCGACGUGCCGGGGGGACUGAAGAGGGGUGAUAAAGAAGUGCCGUAG